AUGUUCCCCGUCGCCGCCAACCCCGUUCGCGCAGGCUGGGCACCUCAUCCUAACGGCCAACCAGCAGCGUCAGAUGCCAUGCCAACGAUGCCAUGCUCCCUCGUCCUUCGGCUGCGGUGUCGAAGAGCCGGUGGUAUCAAUAAUGGGAUCCUAUGGAGAACAAUGCGCACCCUGUCGCCCUCAGCCAAGGCUUGCUUUGACGAGCCCAGGAUCGAUUUGCCCUCAAUUCCUUAUUCCUCCAACAAGUCACAUCUCACAACCCAUGUUUCGUGUCCAUGGCGGAUCCUGGCUCGAUGCACCACCCUGAACUUCGGGCGACACAUGUCCCUUCGAGCCACCUGCGACAAUGGACAGGUUGAGGCGGCUCGCCCCGCUUUCCCCUGUCCAGGUCGAGACCAGUAUCACGGACCCCGUCACUUGGGAGGAGACCAUCACUGUCAUCCGAGCCAUGGGAGGAUUAUGCACAGUACAUUACAUAGCAUGUCCGGCACUUUUUCUUCUCUUUCGGUCUUGAACCUUGUACUCGGAUGCAUCUACACUACUUCACCGGCGGCAAUUCGAACCCUUCCAUUCCAUUCAUUCGUGGACGUUAAUCCUGGUGGUUUAUUUUUACCCAGCAAGAAGACUGGAACUGAGGAGACUAUCGACAGUAGGCUGGCCCUCUCACGGAUUCUCUCGCAGUUUAUCUUUCUUUGGAUCGUUGCCCAUAUUUUCGAGUCUUCGCGUGCGGAUGAACAGUUAUAUAAUCAUUUUCUAAAGCGCAAAUAUCGAGAUCCUUUUCUAGGAAUCUUAAAUUUUCGAUUUGUCCCUCGUUCUUCAUUUUCAAGGAACAACACAUUCUAA